AUGUCUAGUAAUCUACCAACACCUGAACGGUUGCCACCUCACCUCUCUGAAUUUUCGUCCAUAGUAAACAAUACACAGCUGGAGAUCUCGACUAACGGCACCCCCAAGACUGUCAGCAAUGUCGACGUGACAACUCCCUUCCAGAGAUUGAGUGUAUCGCAGAACAGUCGUCGUCCCUCAAGUAUUAACUCUGUGGGAUCAUCUAUUGCGGAUUUAGAGACCCUGAUAACGCAGAAGGACGUGAAGAGUACUAAGGAAACCCUUAAGAAUUUAGCUCAGGCAAGUGCCAGGUAUCACAAGUCUCUUACGGAAAAUUCACAAGAUUCUGGCGAUAUUGCCCAUUUACUAGAGAAAUUGGCUAAAUUGAAAGGUUGUAAUGAUGAUACUUCUAUGAAAUUAUUGAGUUCUAGUGGGUUAUUCCAUUUAAUUUCGAAUCAUCAAUUGAUACUUGCAAAAAUUAUAAAGGACACUUUAGUGAAUAAUAACAUAUUGAGUGAAUUUGAUGAAGACUCUAAAAAAUUGUAUUCUGAAUUUAAAUUGAAGAACAAGCAGGAGAAUGCUAAUUUGAAAAGAAGGGAACGUGUUAAUUCCAAGUUACUUAAGAAACAUGAUAAAAAUUUGGUUUCCUACAGAGAUAGUUUAAAUUCUUUACAGGAUCAAUUGAAUGUAAUUGAAACGUUAAGGUUCAAUUUUUUCAAGGAUUCCUAUGAUUUAGUCGAUAGGACGAGCGCCCACGUAUUAAAGAAUUUUGCAGAUGUCUCAAUGGCACAGAUUGAACUGUUUGAAAAUAUAGCUCGUAAAGGCUGGUCCGGUGGUGGAUUAGACGAUUUAUUGAUCGGUGCUGACGAUAUGUUUAGCAAAUCUGCUGUAGGUGAAGAUGAACAAGGAGAUGAAAGAAAUGAAGAUGAAGCUGAAUGUAGUACUAAUAUCACGACAGGAAGUGUGCCGACUAUGAAAAGUAAUGUUUCAAACUUUAGAAAGGAUUCUGUUCCAACGAGUACUUCAAGCAAUGAUAACGACAAUACCAAUGAAGAACAAGAAGAAGAGGAGGGGGAAAAUGAGGAAGAUGACAUUUACAAUAAUUCGUUUUCUUUACCGUUGACGCAUGGUGAUGAACCAUAUAACGAAAAUACCAAUCCAGAUGAACUUGAUUCCAUAGAUAAAUCAUCAAAUUUGUAA